GAUAAACAAUGGAAUCCUUGGAUAAAACAAUCAAUAGCUAUCUGGAUGUUUGGCUUGGCCCAAGAGAUCCCAGAGUGAAAGGAUGGCUUCUCCUGACCAACUACACACCUACUUUCAUUUUCUCUGUCUUAUACUUAUUAAUCGUAUGGUUAGGACCAAAGUAUAUGCAGAAGAGACAGCCAUUUUCCUGCAGGGGCAUUCUAGUCAUCUAUAAUAUUGGACUUACGCUGCUGUCCCUCUAUAUGUUCUAUGAGCUGGUGACGGGAGUGUGGGAAGGAGGAUACAAUUUCUUCUGUCAGGAUACGCACAGUGGAGGUGAAGCUGAUAUGAAGAUCAUACGUGUCCUCUGGUGGUACUACUUCUCAAAGCUCAUUGAAUUCAUGGAUACAAUCUUCUUUAUAUUACGAAAAAAUAACCAUCAGAUCACAGUUCUUCACGUCUACCAUCAUGCAACUAUGUUGAAUAUCUGGUGGUUUGUUAUGAACUGGGUGCCUUGUGGCCACUCCUAUUUUGGUGCCACUCUUAACAGCUUUAUUCAUGUCCUCAUGUAUUCCUACUAUGGAUUAUCUGCUAUUCCAUCUAUGCGUCCAUAUCUCUGGUGGAAGAAAUAUAUCACUCAGGGACAGCUGAUUCAAUUUGUCCUGACAAUCUUCCAGACAAGCUGUGGAGCUGUUUGGCCUUGUCGAUUCCCUAUGGGAUGGUUGUACUUCCAGAUAGGCUACAUGAUCUCCUUAAUUAUCCUUUUUACAAAUUUCUAUAUUCAGACUUACAACAAAAAGGCACCCUCAAGAAGGAAAGAGUAUCAGAAUGGCUCUACAGCUGCUGUGAACGGGUACACAAAUAGCUUUUCUUCCCUUGAGAACAAUGUGAAGCAAAGAAAACAAAGAAAGGAUUGAAGACCAAACUAAGAAACCAUUUUGAUAUUCCAGGCAACAACAACAACAAAUCAUCUGAUUGUAAGCACAAUAUGUGUUGUGCACUGAUAACUCUUGACAGCUACUGUAACUAUUCCUGCCUAGAAUAGUAUUGAUUUAUGUAGGACUUUAACCAGUGCAAAACAUCCUAGAAACUAUCCAUAGGCUAAAGCUGAUGAUGCUGAUAAUACUGGGUGGUCACAGACCCAGGGAUAAACUGUGGAAGGGAGUAUUAUUGUAGUAUAUAUAUAUCAUAUAUACAUAUAUUUAUGUAUGUAUAUGUAUAUAUGGAGACACUGCUGUUGCCUUACUAGUCAAUACGAUAGGUGCUGAAUUAUGAUUCACAACUUCAGAACUGUAAUCCAAAUUCAUAUUUUUUAACUGUAGAUAAUGCAUGUGAUUGUAAUUUGUACAAUGAAGUUGUUCAGUUUUUUAAUUUUUAUUUGUCCAGUAGUUUAAAAACACACAUGCCUUAAAUUGAAAUAAAAGCAGGGCCCAAAACUUAA